AUGCUACCGCUAAGUUUCCACCAGUGUGCUAAAAUUUCUGCCAGCUCGCCGCCUUCCUGCCAUGUUUUGGAACCCAGCCUGGAAGUUGUUUCCUGUAAACAAUUUGAGUUCCUUCUACAGUUUGCUCUGGGUUUCAAUAAUGGUAUUAAAACGGUGACCAUUGAUCUGCGUUUUCAUCUUGGUAAACGCUAUCAGGAAUUAAUCUGCCUGUAUGUGGCUGUCUGUCUGUUCGUCAUAAACUUCUUCUUCCUGAUCAGACAUUUCAGGGUAGACAAUUUGUAUUUCAUUGCUAUAUCUUCUAUAUUUGGCAUCUUGACAGCCGAUUUUCUCAGUGGUCUCGUACAUUGGUCUGCAGACACCUGGGGUAGCGUUGACCUACCUGUGAUUGGGAAAGCCUUUAUCCGCCCAUUUCGUGAACAUCACAUUGAUCCUACAUCGAUCACCAGGCAUGACUUUAUCGAGACCAACGGGGACACAUUUGCCGUCACAAUUCCGUUCAUGCUCCACAUGUCUUUUAAGUUCACUCAUUUCACCUACGACCAAAUUAGGGACACAUACAACUGGGAAUGCUAUAUAUUCUUACUAGCUGUAUUUGUUAGCAUGACAAAUCAGUUUCACAAAUGGUCGCACACCUAUUUCGGUCUACCCUGGUACAUACAGCUGCUACAGAAGUACCACAUCAUCCUCCCGUGCAAACACCACCGAAUCCACCACGUGGCACCACACGAAACCUACUUUUGUAUCACGACUGGCUGGCUCAACUUCCUCUUCGAGAAGAUUCGCUUCUGGUCCAGCUUGGAGUACAUCAUUGAGAAGACCACCGGACACAAACCUCGGACCGACGACAUGAAAUGGGCAAAGAAGAUCGACUAAAAUGGCAACGGGUGAUUUUGUUUUUUUGUUCAAUGUUUCACUCCAAAGGAAAUCACACUGCAGAAUUGGAUGUGUCCUGCUGUGGCUGUUAACUGGAGUUCAAUACCAAGGCAUCCAUCCAUCCAUGCCCUCCACUGUCGAUAGAAGUAUACUCACCAAUCAUAUUGACAACAACAAAAACACUCUUAUAUAAUUAACCAAAGCCUCUGCUUCUCUCUCUCUCUCUCUCUCUUUCGUCUUAUCCAUCCAGCCAGAAGCCAGCCAUACCCAUCACCCUAGAAAGGAACUAUGCUAUUCACAUAUAUAUGUAUAUAUAUAUAUAUAAUAUAUAUAUAAAGCUAAAUAACACACUCACCUAGCUUGCUCCUAUGUUUGCCUCCCAAUCCAGCCAUGGCUGUCACUGUGAGUAACCACCUAAAUUUCCGUCUUUCACUCCCCCUCUCUCUUACUCUGUUAUCCAUGGGUAAAUACCUAUCCCUUCCCUUUCCACUUGUCUCUUUCCCCACCUCCAUCCAUGACCCUCACUGUGGAUUGACAUAUAAUCACCUACACACUAUACCUUAACAAUUAGUACUACCACUACUACUACUACAACUACUAGUCAUAGAAAGUUUAGUAACUUGUAACCCCUAAACUCCUCUCGACUCCACUCAUGCCCCCCACUCCUAAGACCAAUGUCGCCUUUUGCCCUUCAAAGCCCCAGAUCCCUGCCUCACACCCCUCCAAUGUUUCUCUCUCUCUCUUCCGUCCCUUAAACACACACACACGCAGAGCUUUCCUGCUUGCUGAAUCUGCCGCUGGAACCAGCCCAUAGCCAUCUGACUGCAGCAAAUAUUUUGUACAAAGAGAAGACGCUGUCUUUUGCUAUACAUAUUUAUUUUACAGCAUAAAAAAAAUAUAU